ACGAUGGCCAUAGUCAAGGCUAAGGAACUUCGUGGCAAGAAGGAGGAAGAGCUUCUGAAACAGCUCGAAGAGCUAAAAAAUGAACUGCAGACCUCUCGUGUUGCCAAAGUAAUUGGUGGAGCUGCAGCUAAAUCAGCUAAGAUCUGCACUGUGCCCAAAUCAGUUGCUCGUGUCCUCACUGUCAUCAAACAGACACAUAAGGAUAACCUACGUAAAUUCUACCAGAAGGAUAACCUAGGUAAAAUCUACCGAAUGAAGGCUCACAAACCCAAGGACCUGAGACAAAAGAAGACCAGGGCAAUGAGACGUGCACUCACAACUUAUGAACUCACCUGCAAGAGUAAAAAGGAAUUACGAAAACAGGGUCUUUAUCCAAUUAGUAGAUUCAAUGUGCGUGCCAUCCGCUUCUCUGAUGCCCUCUUAAAUGUGACCUGUGCUUGUGACAGAUACAAUGGACCCAAGCGAGAAUAG